AUGUUCGGCUGGAAUGAAUCUCAAGAGGCCUACGGUCAGGUGUGUGCCAACAAGCACAAGGGCAAGCUCUCCGACGAAGUCAUUGCCGGCAGUGCUUCCUUCGCAGCCAUGCACGAGCUCGAGAAGAAAUUGCGUCACGAUGGUCAACCCAUGCAGCACAGGAUGGCCAAGGAGCUUCUGGCCGGCAUGUGUGGAGCUGAGAUUGACAAGCUCGUGGAGACCAAAGGCCUUGACUACAUGGACACUCAAAAGGCCAAGCGACAGGCCAAGCAGAAUGCUGAGCAUCUCUACGAUGAGCAGUACGGCCAGUACGACAAAUAUGAGCCUCGUGAGCAGACUCCAUGCAAGACACUCAUGAACCAAUUUGGUGGUUACGAGUGUUGA